AUGUUUCGAUCAGUUCCCCGUCGAAUUCCUCGACGCGUCCCCACGCUCCCUACGACUGCUGCCAGUCCAUCACGUCUCGCCCUUCGGACUUUCACAUGCGGUUAUCCUCGGAUGUCUUCGUCACCGCUCCCUCGCGUUGAACCUCCAGUGUCGACAGCAUUGCCAGGCGAUUCAUACCAGCUUUUGUCGUCAGAAGAAAAGGCUGGCGCUGCUGAAGAUGCUCUUUACGAACAACAGAUUAAAGACGUAGAAGCGUGGUGGAACUCUCCCCGGUUUGAGGGCAUCAAGCGCCCCUACACGGCUGCGGAUGUCGUCACCAAGCGCGGGUCCUUGCAACAGACAUACCCAAGCUCGUUGAUGGCACGGAAGCUCUUCAAUUUGUUGAACGAGAGGGCCGCGGAGGGAAAACCUGUUCAUACCAUGGGUGCCAUUGACCCCGUGCAGAUGACACAGCAGGCUCCUCACCAAGAGGUUUUGUAUAUCUCUGGAUGGGCUUGUUCGUCGCUUUUGACGAGCACCAACGAAGUCUCCCCAGACUUUGGCGAUUACCCGUACAACACCGUCCCGAAUCAAGUUCAGAGAUUGUUCAAGGCACAAAGUAUGCAUGACAGGAAGCAGUGGGAUGCCAGACGGAAGUUGACUCCAGAGCAACGGAAGUCUACACCGUAUGUCGACUAUCUGCGACCGAUUGUUGCAGACGGUGAUACAGGACAUGGUGGCUUAUCAGCCGUUUUGAAGCUGGCCAAGCUUUUUGCGGAGAACGGUGCCGCAGCUGUUCACUUUGAAGAUCAGCUCCAUGGUGGAAAGAAGUGCGGUCAUUUGGCGGGCAAGGUUAUUGUGCCCAUGGGUGAACACAUCAACAGACUGGUUGCAGCUCGUUUCCAAUGGGAUAUGAUGGGGGCUGAGAACUUGGUCAUUGCCCGUACCGACUCUGAGAGUGGAAAAUUGAUCAGCAGUGCCAUUGAUGUGCGCGACCAUGAGUUCAUUCUGGGAGUGGCGGAAGAUGUUGAACCUCUCGCAGAGACCCUCCAAGCAAUGGAAAGGGAGGGAGCUGCUCCCUCGGAGAUUGAUGCUUUCGAGCUGCAAUGGGUCAAGGACCACAAGCUGGUAACUUUCGAUGAAGCUGUCGAUGCCCACCUCGAGGCUGAGGGAGCAUCUCAAUCCACCCGAGACGCAUACAAGCAAAAGGUUCAGGUAAACCUUGAUCUGUCUUUCUCCCGCCGAAGAGCAUUAGCAAACGACUACACCAAGUCCCCUGUGGUCUGGUCCUGCGACAGCCCCCGAACCCGGGAAGGUUUCUACCACUACCGCGCCGGCUUCCCAGCAGCAACCAAGCGAGCCAAGGAAUUUGCACCUUAUGCCGACCUCCUGUGGGUUGAGACUGGUGACCCGAAUGUUGAAAAGGCUGGCAAGCUGGCAGGAGAGGUCCGAAGUGCCCACCCUGGCAAGAAGCUGGUCUACAACCUUAGUCCAUCAUUUAACUGGAUGGGCCAAGGAUUCGACGAGGCAUCUCUCAAGUCCUUUAUCUGGGACCUCGCACAGCACGGAUUUGUGCUUCAAUUGAUUUCCCUCGCGGGUCUGCACUCCAACGCCACCGUGACAACAGAGCUCUCGCGUGCCUUCAAGGAAGAUGGCAUGCUCGCCUACGUGCGCCAGAUUCAGGCACGCGAAAAGGAGCUCGGAGUCGACGUUCUCACUCACCAGAAGUGGAGUGGAGCGCCGUACAUGGAUGGCAUCCUUGGGUCGAUCCAGAGCGGCAGCAGCAGCAGCAAGAGUAUGGGAGAGGGUAACACAGAAAAGGGUGAGCUAGCACUAAUUAUAGUUUCAUUAUUUGAAGACGCACUAACUUUCGAACAGGCUUUUAAACGAGCUAUAAUGCUUGGAUGA